AUGGCGCCCAGCGACUUUGUUGCGGCCCACGUGCCCGUCGCUCCUGCACCAGCGGUGACUGCCGCUCACUCGAGCAGCGCCUCGUCGCAGUGGCAAGUCGACGCACUCAACAGUGCACUGAGCGUGCCCUUGGCCGUCCGCCGCGCCGCCGCCGCAGCCAAGCAUCUCGUCGCCUCCGAGGUCUCCGUCGUCGCCGGCGCGGCCGAAGAGUCACUGCGCUGCGUCCAGAGCGCCGCCAUGGCUGCUGUGCUCGACGCGAGCCAGCUGACGCUGCCCGCCCCUGCCUUUCUUCAAGCUUCACGUCCGGCGCCCGAGCCUCCGAUUCGCCGCAGCAGCAUGCCGCAAGCGACGAGGCUGCGCAUCACUCUGACGGCCUACGAUGACUCCGCUGUGCCACUCUCUACCAUCGCUAUUCCUCUCACGUCUCUUCCGCGUCAAUCCUGGCCCGAGAAAGUUGAGCAUCGUCAAGCCAUGCCUGCCUCUUGCGGUCCGCACGCAAGUUUCGGCUGGGACGGUCGCCCGAUCGCCGAUCGUCGCUGUCUCUUUCCUGCGCCCAUCGACAGUCGCGGCAGAGGCAUGGACGGCGGUCGAUGCUGGAGUCGUCGUGGACUCGGCUACGAAGUCGUUCGAGCCACGCCGAUGCGCUUUGCAGACUCGCGCGGACGCAGCACGACUCGAACGACGCAGCAAGAUGAGGCGAGCAGAGGCGCUCCUCUGCAACGCUGCAAUGCCUCGACGAGUUCCUUCGAGCCCAUGCCCAACCCGCACGAGGCCAAGCCCAUCGCCAUCGCGGUGCCUUCAGUCGUCGUCACUGCACCUUCCGAGAGCGUCGUGCCUUAUUCGCCUCGCACGCACGCCCGUCGCUCGCUGCGCACCUCUCGCCUGUCAGCCGCAGUGGGCAGCAACAGCAGCAACGCCAGCUUCCUGCCGGCCGGCACGGUGGCUUGUGUGGAGAUGUGUCCAAGCGCAGGCACACAGCCUCGCAUGAAGCUCUCCAUCCGCUCCACGUCGCCCACGCCUGCCGUGCAGGCCGAAGUGGCGCGUGUGGCGGCCGUGUUUGAUGCGACGCCCUCGCCGACGCUGUCGCAGCUACCUGCUGUCUUCUCCUCAGACGAGGAGGACAGCAGCCUGGAUGCCUCUUCUGAGCACGAUGCAGACGACGACGACAGCGAGUCGGAACUGCCCUACACGCGCCAACGCAUGCUCUCUACCUCCUCGGACGCAACAGCCUCCUCGUCGGCCUCCUCAUCGGAGGACUCUGAGCUGGAGACCGAGUCCGACGACACGGACCUCUCCUCCGAGUACGACUCCUCGGACGACGACGAGGGGCGUCCGCACAAGACGCUCAAGAUCAGCAGUGGCGGCGAGAAGAAUCGCAAACGCAAGGGCUACGGCUCUUCGUCUCCGCCUUACUCUGCGCUCCGUCGUCUUGCCGCCGCCGCAGCCGCCGGGCGCAGAGGCGCCGUGUGCAGUCUGCCCGAGGCGCUCGACCAGGCGUGGCAAGCGCCGCUGCUGAUGCCGCUCGCGCCGUCCGAGAAGCGCGCACGCACGCCCUUCGCCCUCGGAGACGAGAGCGACGCCGACUCGUCCGCUGACGCAGAGGGCGAGACGGACGAAGAGACGCAGCCGCCGGGCGCCUUCUUCUUCCAUGCUCGCCGCAAUGCUCUGCGCAUCGCCUGA